GAACACCACGGACGAGCUUCUCUGCUAGGUUCUCUCCCAAUCCCCUCCCGCGCCUCAUGGUCGUUUCUACCACCUUUACCCCUACUAUGGAAGACGAGCUCUCCAUUCGCACUGGCGAGACACUACGUCUUCUCGAGCAAUUUGAGGAUGAGUGGUGCCUCGUCCAGCGCGUCGGUCGCGCAGAUGCUGAAAAAGGUGUCAUCCCUCGAUUCUGCCUCAAGGAGCGCCCUCGCGUCUCACCCCAGCGCGUCACAACGUCUACAUUCACCUUUGGGCAACCAUGGCGCAAGUGAUGGGACCCGUCAUCCUCCAUCCGUUCUAUCAUACCAUCACGAUCAUUGCUACGAAAGCCGAGCUUGAUAUGGCUCCAUGGCCGGCCAUACAGGUCACGACUUGAGUAGUCUUCCCCUGUUCUCCGUGGCUUUUCUGGGGUUUCCCUUGUAACUUGUGCUCAAUUAUUUGAUUAUCUAAUAUUUAUGGCAUCUGUCUCUACAGACAUCUAGCCAGUGAGUGGUUUUACAUGACCAUCGCACUGUUCUCACAAACCUCUAGUUUAUUUACUGCUCUCCAAUCCCACCUUUUUGGGCAAGCUCUACCUUCAUUCUAUUGUGGCUUUGCUAUCCCAUCACACAUUUUAGUUCAUCUUGUCCUGCUAGUCAGACAUCAGGCAUUUUAUAGUUGCUACUGCCAUGGACUUAUUACUUCGUCACCUACUCACCACAACGAUCAAAAUAUGAUUUUGGGCAGCUUUUGUCUGCAUCGUCU